AUGCUCAUAAAUGAAAAGCAUAUACCAACGCAAUUAAAGAGCUUGAAGGAAGAACCAGAUGAUAAAAUUCCAUUUGUUAAUGUUUCUCUGGUGCUGGCCAUCCAUUCAAAAUUUGGAAAAGUUGUAUUACUGUCAGAUUCCCAGGCUGCAAUCCAGGCAAUCGGCUCGCAGGGAGACGCUUUGUCGGAUGAAGUGCUUCAGUGUCGGAGACUUAUCAAACUUUUGGCACUAAUAAACAAAAGAGUAGUCAUCCAGUGGAUUCCCAGCCAUUGUAACAUCUAUGGUAACGAGCAAGCUGACUUUCCUGCUCGCAAGGGAACACAAAUCCUUCAGCCAAGUUUCUCUGGAUUGUCAUACCAUUCCAUGAAACUACACAUAAAAAACAUAAUGAAAAUGAAUGCCCUUGCUGACCUACGAGAAAGCAUAAGGAAUAAGAACUGGAGGGAGACGGAUAUUAAGGCAGUACCAGGUAAGCCUCGACGAGAUGCAGUAGCCACCUUUAGACUUUUAACAGGUCAUGAUUGUCUAGGAAAACACCUGUAUCGUAUAGGUAUUUAUGACCACCCUCAGUGCCAACUGUGUGGUUCUGGAGCACCAAUGAAUAGAGAGCACCUCCAUUGUUGUAAGAGGCUCCACGGACUUGACUCGGAGACCGCAAGAUAUUGGCGUGGGAGAGAGCUUUCGGGAAGAUGA